CUCAUCCGUGUGAGGUCUCAAAGACAGCCAGCCAGUCCAUUCGUUCACCAAAGACGUCACAUCAAUCAAUAUCCAUUGCCGGUUCGGUUGAGCUGUCGAUCAGCCCGGUUCAGGACUUGACUCCAUUGGCAAUCCUACCAUAAGAUGAGCAAGCAUCUCCAGGCAAUGACAGCUCUCUUCAAUCUGUAAUGGCGAAUGGGACAGCACCUCCCAAUACAGCGCCGCAAUUCCCAACACACAAUGCGCCGAGGGUAUGGCUGUUGACAUCCGGCGAGUCGCCAAUUGGGAUUUCCAUCGCACGUCAAGUCCUCGAACAUGGCGACUAUGUCGUGUCCGGCAUUCUCCAGGCUGAGUUUGAGAACGACGGUGCGCGGAGUCAGGAGUUCAAGAGUUUCCUCGCCGAUGUGGGAAGUCACGUUGGGUGGAAGGAGCGUCUAAAGGUCGUGGCCUUGGAUAUCACAAACGUGGCACAAUGUCAAGCAGCUGUCGCCGCGGCCAUUCAUACAUUUCGAAAAGUCGAUAUUUUAUUCUGUUGCACAAACGAGACGGUGAUUGGCACUGUGGAAGAACUCGCCGCGACCCGUCGUACCCUGACCCUAGUCAGAGACCAAUUCGAAAAGAACUUCUUCGGUCCCAUGCACAUCAUCAGAGCCGUCAUUCCACAGAUGAGGUCUCAGAUGAACGGUCAUAUCAUUGUGCUUACCGGAAUUACGGGUCACCUGGGCACCCCUGGAUUGAGUAUGUACUGUGCUUCCAAUUGGGCACUAGAAGGCUUCUGUGAUAGCAUCGCUUAUGAGAUCGCACCGUUCAAUGUCAAAUUGACCAUUGUCCAACCCAGUGUCGAGAUUGGCGUCUUGACCAACAGAAUUACAUCGGCUCCUCCAAUGAAGGAAUACACGAGGGAGUUUGGGCACAGUGCCCCAAUGUUCCGCGGAAUCCUUGACGGCCUACUAAACCGACUACCAGGCAUCCGGGCUGAGUAUCCUCCUCCACCAGAUUUGGAGAUGACAUCCCCUUCGUCAGAGGCCGAGAGGCAAAGUGGACCUUACCUACUGAGCCGGAACGAAGUGACCAGCUUAAUCCCACCGUUGAGUCCAGCGCAUACCGAAAUGCUCGUGGCUGAAACCGUACAUGCGCUGACGGCAAUCGGUGGGCACGAAAACCCACCUGCGCGACACAUUGUUGGGGUCGAGGGGAUCAACAGCGUCAAGGAAAAGCUCAAGACGGUCAGCGAAGAGCUAGAAGAAUUUGUCGAGACGAGCUUAUCUGCGGAUAUCAAUAAACAGACGGGAGCGGCAGCUCGUCGAUCGAGCUAUGGGGACUCGGACGUCAAGGAUGUUGACAGCGAAUUAUUUGACAGUAAUCUUGACCUACAGUUUGAGACAUAAAGAAUUCAAUCAUGCGAAAUCUG